UUUUGUCCGCGGAUGGUGCUACGUAGACUGGCAAGUUUGAAAGGCAGUGGGAGGAAGGUGCCCGGGGCUGGCACUGGGGUGAGGGGCAGGCCUGGCAUUGUGUGCUCCGGAGAUAUCCAGGCCGGGGGGGGGAUAACAUUCUGUCAGGCAUGCUGUAGGCUGCGGGUCCCCACAUGGCUGCCUAUCACUGCUGUGUGCCCUUCUGUAACAGUGACUCCAGGUACAAUGCCGACAAGAAGAUCUCCUUCCACAGGAUCCCGGCCUUCCAUGUGGAGCCGCAGAGACACCGGGACUGGCUGAACCGGAUCCGCAGGGAGCCCGGGCCCAACUUCAAGGUCUCCAGCUGCACCAGAGUCUGCUCCAAGCACUUCCUCCCGUCUGAUUUUGUUCGGACCUUAACAGGGAAGAGGAAUCUGAAGCCGUACAGCGUGCCGUGCAUCUUCCAGUGGUCGACCAAUGAGAUGGCCCAGGAGCAGAUGUCCAUCCCCAAAAGGAAUUCUGGGAGCAGUAAGAACAUGCUUCAGCCUAUAUUGCCUUCACUACCCCAAGUCCAGAACAAUAAACCUUCGCAACCAAUAGAGAUGACGGCCUCCAUCCUGGACCACUGUUACGACUUGCCCCCCAUGACCGAUACAGAAAUGCUUCACGCAGCCCGUGAGGAAAUCGCCAGGUUACAACAACGCAAUGCCGCCCUGGAGCAGAAUCUGUUCUUUCUGGAGCGGUUUUCUUCUGACUCGAGCCUUAUUUACUUUUAUACCGGUUUUAAGGACUAUUCCACUUUAAAGGUAGUUUUUUCAACCCUGACCGAAACAGAGGGCAGCUCCGUGAAAUGGAAACAGUGCCAGCAGGAAGGGGACCUGAGCGUCAGCCGGGAGUCUGUGCCGGAAUUGGAGGGCAUGGCGCAGAUCGACCAGUUCUUUUUAUUUUUAUGCAAAGUCCGCCAGGGAUUCCACGAUCAGGAUCUUAGUAUCCGGUUUAACGUUUCACAGAGCAGGGUUGCCCGGAUUAUCAUCACGUGGGCUCACUAUUUGUAUCUUGUCCUGGGGGAAAUACCUCUUUGGCGCAGCCGGGAAACCGAGUGCCAGGAUGUGCCCGAAUGCUUUAAGGCUUCAUACCCUCGCACUCGGGUGACUUUACAUUGUGCAGAAAUUAAGGUCCAAACAAGCAACACGGACAGCGUACCUUCUCAGCUAUGUCAUAAUCAUGCUGUUUACAAAGGUUUGCUUGGCAUAGCGCCCCAUGGGGCCGUCAUAUUUAUAAGCCCGCUCUAUUCUGGGUGCGCAUCAAAGAGAGACAUUAUUAAGUCAUCCGGUAUCUUGGAAUUGUUGGAACCCGGAGAUUGGGUAGUCACCGAGAAGGAUUUCCUCAUCCAGGACUUGGUGGAAUCCAUUGGUGCCUUCGUGGUCAUCCCUCCUAUUAUCACCACCACUGCCCUCCCUAGGGAGUGUCAUGAGGCCACGGUCAUGUUGAGCCAGCCGCCGACAGACCAGAACGCCAUGUUCAUCUUGGCAUCCACCAAUGAAGAAGGCCAGGAGACCUUGGUGGUGACCACCUCAACGGCAGAAGAGGACACAAUGGUGGAACUGGAACAGUCUGCCGGCGAGGUAGACGUGGUCGAGGAGGUCGUGACCGAAGAGAAGUUAGUGGAGGAGGAGGUGGAGACCACGACGGAGAACAUUGAAGAGGUUUCCGAGGAUCACGGUCAGUCUGGAGCGGACAUAAGAGACUUGGCCAGGCGUCACGGGAACGAGAUUGUGAUGAAGGACACUCAUUAUGGCCGGGAGGAGGUGGUGAGGUGCGUGCUGCACCUGGGGAAGGCCGCCGAAGAAUCCUCCGGACUAAACAAAGACAUAAAUUCCCUUGCUCGUCUGAGAAUUUGCAUAAACCAAGACAUAGAGAGGGUUCGCCAGUACCAUCUGUUUGAUAACAUUUUGCCCUGUGCUCUAGGGGGCAUAGCCAAUCAGUUAUGGGCCGUGUGCGCCAUGCUGACUAAUAUUAACGGCUCACUGAGCUAGAAGUGUGAAUUUUAGAUGGUGUGUAAGGGAAUCGGCCAGCAGAAUGGACUUAAUAAAUUAAUGGGGUUGUCCAAGAAGCAGAAUAGGUCCUACCCGGUUAUUUCCGCCUUUUGCAUAUCUGGGAAGUAUACCUGGCACCAGCCCCCUCAUGUUGGACGGUAUACCUCUGAGAUGUGCAGAGGGGGGGGGGUGUUAGAGAAGUAUCGGGGAGCAAAACAGGUAGGACCUCUUCUGCUCUUUUAGGACUUUUACCCUGAUAAACAGAAACUAAGUUUGUCAAAGUGCCAAUGGGGGCAUAAAUUUAUGUAUGUGCGCUAUAUUAACAUCAUGAAGCAUUACACCUUGUCUAUUAAAAGGGGUACUCCGGCACUUAGACAUCUUAUCCCCUAUCCUAAGGAUAGGGGAUAAGAUGCCUGAUCACAGGGGUCCCUCCGCUGGGGACCCCUGCGAUCUUGUACCCCGUUAAAAUCAGUCC